CUCACACCGCCCAGUGCAGCCCCGGAGCAGCAGCAGCUCGGUGCUCAGGGACCCGAGCCCGGCUCGCGCCCAUGCGGGGACGCCUCCAGUGACGCGGGAGAGGUGUCUCCCAAGCCCGCUGGGGCUCUCGCCUGCCCCCAGGAGUGACCCAUAGAGGUUGCAGAGAUGGCCGGGGCCUCGGUGAAGGUGGCGGUGCGCGUCCGCCCCUUCAAUUCCCGGGAAAUGAGCCGUGACUCCAAGUGCAUCAUCCAGAUGUCCGGAAGCACCACCACCAUUGUCAACCCCAAGCAGCCCAAGGAGACGCCUAAAAGCUUCAGCUUCGACUACUCCUACUGGUCACACACCUCGCCUGAGGACAUCAACUACGCGUCCCAGAAGCAGGUGUACAGGGACAUCGGCGAGGAGAUGCUGCAGCACGCCUUCGAGGGCUACAACGUCUGCAUCUUCGCCUACGGCCAGACGGGGGCUGGCAAGUCCUACACCAUGAUGGGCAAGCAGGAGAAGGACCAGCAGGGCAUCAUCCCGCAGCUUUGUGAGGACCUGUUCUCCCGCAUCAAUGACACAACCAAUGACAACAUGUCCUACUCUGUGGAGGUCAGCUACAUGGAGAUAUACUGUGAGCGCGUCCGCGACCUCCUGAACCCCAAGAACAAGGGCAACCUGCGUGUGAGGGAGCACCCGCUGCUGGGCCCCUAUGUGGAGGACCUCUCCAAGCUGGCUGUCACCUCCUACAAUGACAUCCAGGACCUCAUGGACUCAGGGAACAAGGCCAGGACCGUGGCGGCCACGAACAUGAACGAGACCAGCAGCCGCUCCCACGCCGUCUUCAACAUCAUCUUCACCCAGAAGCGCCACGAUGCGGAGACCGACAUCACCACGGAGAAAGUGAGCAAAAUCAGCCUGGUGGACUUGGCUGGGAGCGAGCGGGCGGACUCCACGGGAGCGAAGGGCACGCGUCUCAAGGAGGGAGCCAAUAUCAACAAGUCCCUGACCACGCUGGGGAAGGUCAUCUCCGCUCUGGCCGAAAUGGACUCCGGGCCCAACAAGAAUAAGAAGAAGAAGAAGACAGAUUUCAUUCCAUACAGAGACUCUGUGCUGACCUGGCUCCUCCGGGAAAACCUGGGCGGGAACUCAAGGACAGCGAUGGUGGCAGCCCUGAGCCCCGCAGACAUCAACUACGACGAGACCCUGAGCACGCUGAGGUAUGCCGACCGGGCCAAGCAGAUCCGCUGUAACGCCGUCAUCAACGAGGACCCCAACAACAAGCUGAUCCGAGAGCUGAAGGACGAGGUGACCCGGCUGCGGGACCUGCUGUACGCCCAGGGUCUCGGGGACAUCACCGACACCAACACGGUGCCCGGAGGACCCAAAUACCUGUCCGACCUGGACAACAAUAACCGCGACUGGGCGGAGCUGAGUCCAGCCCCUGACAAUCUCUCCACAGUGACCAACGCCCUGGUGGGCAUGAGCCCCUCGUCCUCGCUCUCGGCCCUGUCCAGCCGCGCGGCCUCUGUGUCCAGCCUGCACGAGCGCCUCUUGUUUGCCCCGGGCAGUGAGGAGGCCAUCGAGAGGCUGAAGGAGACGGAGAAGAUCAUAGCCGAGCUCAACGAGACCUGGGAGGAAAAGCUGCGGCGGACGGAAGCCAUUCGGAUGGAGAGGGAAGCCCUGCUGGCUGAGAUGGGUGUGGCCAUGAGGGAGGACGGCGGCACCCUGGGCGUGUUCUCUCCCAAAAAGACACCGCACCUCGUCAACCUGAAUGAGGACCCGCUGAUGUCCGAGUGCCUCCUCUACUACAUCAAGGACGGGCUCACCAGAGUGGGCCGGGAGGACGGGGAGCGGCGGCAGGACAUCGUCCUGAGUGGGCACUUCAUCAAGGAGGAGCACUGUGUCUUCCGCAGCGACUCCAGAGGGGGCAGUGAAGCUGUGGUGACACUGGAGCCCUGUGAGGGGGCAGACACCUAUGUCAACGGCAAGAAGGUCACAGAGCCCAGCAUCUUGCGGUCAGGAAACCGCAUCAUCAUGGGAAAGAGCCACGUAUUCCGGUUCAACCACCCGGAGCAAGCGCGGCAGGAGCGAGAGCGCACGCCCUGCGCGGAGACGCCCUCGGAGCCCGUGGACUGGGCCUUCGCCCAGCGGGAGCUGCUGGAGAAACAGGGCAUCGACAUGAAGCAGGAGAUGGAGCAGAGGCUCCAGGAGCUGGAGGACCAGUACCGCCGGGAGCGGGAGGAGGCCACCUACCUGCUGGAGCAGCAAAGGCUGGACUACGAGAGCAAGCUGGAGGCGCUGCAGAGGCAGAUGGACUCCAGGCUCUUCCCAGAGGCGAACGAGGAGGAGGAGGAGCCGGAGGAUGAAGUCCAGUGGACAGAGAGGGAGUGUGAGCUGGCACUCUGGGCCUUCCGCAAGUGGAAGUGGUACCAGUUCACGUCGCUGCGGGACCUGCUCUGGGGCAACGCCAUCUUCCUCAAGGAGGCCAAUGCCAUCAGCGUUGAGCUCAAGAAGAAGGUCCAGUUCCAGUUCGUCCUCCUCACGGACACACUCUACUCCCCACUGCCACCGGACCUGCUGCCCCCAGAGGCUGCCAAAGACCGCGAGACGCGCCCCUUCCCCCGCACCAUCGUGGCCGUGGAGGUGCAGGACCAGAAGAAUGGGGCCACCCACUACUGGACGCUCGAGAAGCUCAGGCAACGCCUGGACCUCAUGCGAGAGAUGUACGACCGGGCAGCCGAGGUGCCCUCCAGCGUCAUCGAGGACUGCGACAACGUGGUGACCGGUGGAGACCCCUUCUAUGACCGGUUCCCCUGGUUCCGGCUGGUGGGCAGCUCAGUCAUCUCUGGCUGCAGCAGUCACCCUCUUCUGAACACGUGCAUGAGCGCGCGCAUGGCUGCUCUCACCCCCUCCCCCACCUCCUCGAGCCCCGACUCCGACGCCACCGAGCCUGCCGAGGAGCAGAGCCUGGGGGAGGAGGAGGAGGAGGAGGAGGAGGAGGACCUGGAGGACGACGUCUUUCCCGAGCACGGGCUUCACGACGGCCGGGACCCGUUUUACGACCGGCCCCCCCUGUUCAGUUUAGUAGGAAGGGCCUUCGUGUACCUGAGCAACCUGCUGUACCCGGUGCCCCUGGUGCACCGAGUGGCCAUCGUCAGCGAGAAGGGCGAGGUGAAGGGAUUCCUCCGCGUGGCCGUCCAGGCCAUCUCAGCCGAUGAAGAGGCCCCAGAUUACGGCUCAGGUGUCCGCCAGUCGGGAACCGCCAGAAUCUCCUUUGAUGACCAGCAUUUUGAGAAGUUCCAGUCUGAGUGCUGCCAGGCAGGGGGCAUGUCGCGCUCCGGGACCUCCCAGGAAGAGCUGCGCAUCGUGGAAGGUCAGGGCCAGGGCGCGGACGUGGGGCCCUCCGCGGACGAGGUCAACAACAACACCUGCUCGGCGCUGCCUCCGGAAGGCCUGCUGCUGGACAACCCCGAGAAGGCCGCCCCGGACGGGCCCCUGGACGCCGCCCUGGACCACCUGCGCCUGGGCAGCACCUUCACCUUCCGCGUGACCGUCCUGCAGGCGUCCAGCAUCUCCGCGGAGUACGCCGACAUCUUCUGCCAGUUCAACUUCAUCCAUCGCCACGAUGAGGCCUUCUCCACGGAGCCCCUGAAGAACACGGGGCGGGGCCCCCCACUCGGCUUCUACCACGUCCAGAAUAUCGCGGUGGAGGUGACCCGGUCCUUCAUCGAGUACGUCAAGAGCCAGCCCGUCGUGUUCGAGGUCUUUGGCCACUACCAGCAGCGCCCGUUCCCGCCACUCUGCAAGGACGUGCUCAGCCCCCUGAGGCCCUCGCGCCGCCACUUCCCACGGGUCAUGCCGCUGUCCAAGCCAGUGCCGGCCACCAAGCUCAGCACGCUGACGCGGCCCUGCCCCGGGCCGCGCCACUGCAAGUACGACCUGCUGGUCCACUUCGAGAUCUGCGAACUGGAGGCUGACGGCGAUUACAUCCCUGCGGUGGUGGACCACCGAGGCGGCAUGCCGUGCGUGGGGACCUUCCUGCUCCACCAGGGCAUCCAGCGGCGGAUAACGGUGACGCUGCUGCACGAGACAGGCAGCCACAUCCGCUGGAAGGAAGUGCGCGAGCUGGUCGUGGGUCGAAUCCGGAACACUCCAGAAACAGACGAGUCCCUGAUCGACCCCAACAUCCUGUCUCUCAACAUCCUCUCGUCUGGGUACAUCCACCCGGCCCAGGAUGACCGGCAGUUUCUUGAUUCGGACAUGCCUAGGACCUUCUACCAGUUUGAGGCUGCGUGGGACAGCUCCAUGCACAACUCUCUCCUGCUGAACCGCGUCACCCCGUACCGAGAGAAGAUCUACAUGACCCUCUCUGCUUACAUUGAGAUGGAGAACUGUGCUCAGCCGGCCGUGAUCACCAAGGACUUCUGCAUGGUCUUCUACUCCCGAGACGCCAAGCUGCCCGCUUCGCGCUCCAUCCGCAACCUGUUCGGCAGCGGGAGCCUGCGGGCCUCUGAGAGCAACCGAGUGACGGGCGUGUACGAGCUCAGCCUGUGCCACGUGGCAGACGCUGGCAGCCCAGGGAUGCAGCGGCGGCGCCGGCGGGUACUGGACACGUCCGUGGCCUAUGUGCGGGGCGAGGAGAACCUGGCUGGCUGGAGGCCCCGCAGUGACAGCCUCAUCCUGGACCACCAGUGGGAGCUGGAGAAGCUGAGCCUCCUGCAGGAGGUGGAGAAGACCAGGCACUACCUGCUGCUGCGGGAGAAGCUAGAGACCACCCAGCGGCCCGUCCCCGAGACGCUGUCCCCGGCGUCCAGCGAGGACUCCGAGUCCCGCAGUUCGUCUGGCGCCUCCUCUCCGCUCUCGGCUGACGGCCGACCGUCACCCCUGGAGGCACCGGAUGAGAGGCAGCGGGAGCUGGCGGCCAAGUGCCUGCGCCUCCUUACACACACGUUCAACAGAGAAUACACACACAGCCAUGUCUGCAUCAGCGCCAGUGAGAGCAAGCUCUCUGAGAUGUCGGUCACCCUGUUGCGGGACCCAUCCGUGUCCCCUCUGGGGGCAGCCACGCUCACCCCCUCCUCCACCUGCCCCUCCUUGGUCGAAGGGCCGUACGGAGCCGGAGCCGCCGACCUGAGGACCCCCCAGCCCAGCUCCCCGCCCGCCAGUCCGGAGCCGGAGCCCCUGCCAGAGGCAGAUUCCAAGAAGCCCCCCUCGCCUGCCCUGGUCCCGGAAGCAGACAAGGAGCCCCGGCGCCUGCUGGUCCCCGACAUCCAGGAGAUCCGGGUCAGCCCCAUCGUCUCCAAGAAGGGCUACCUGCACUUCCUGGAGCCGCACACGGCCGGCUGGGCCAAGCGCUUCGUGGUGGUGCGGCGGCCCUACGCCUACAUGUACAACAGCGACAAGGAUGCCGUGGAGCGCUUCGUGCUCAACCUCUCCGCCGCCCAGGUGGAGUACAGCGAGGACCAGCAGGCCAUGCUCAAGACGCCGCACACCUUCGCGGUCUGCACGGAGCACCGCGGCAUCCUGCUGCAGGCGAGCAGCGACAAGGACAUGCACGACUGGCUGUACGCGUUCAACCCCCUCCUGGCCGGGACCAUACGCUCCAAGCUCUCCAGAAGGAGGGCUGCCCAGAUGAGGGUCUGAGCGGAAGACACCUCACCCUCCCGACACCCGGUGGGCCCAGCCUGGCCCUCGCCAUCCGUCUGUCUUCGCCCCAGCCCUCCCCACCACUGGCCGACCAGGCCCCCCCCCCCCCCAGGGACGCGGAGCUGGCCGUUCGACCUGUCCCUACGGACCUAUCCUGUCCUGCUCCAGCGGAAGCCCCGUUUGUUGUCAUUUCUUCUCUGAGAUGUGCCCUGGGGGGGAAGGGCUGGGAGAUGCUGGGGGGGCUGGAGGGCCCAGUCAGGGGGCAUCGCUGACAUUCUAAUAUUUUUUUAAGCAUAGACAGACUUAUAAUUAAUAUACAGUAGUUAGCGACAGGGAGACAGUCCUCUCAGAAAUUAACUCUAAGACUGUGUUCUAUUUAUAAGUAUUUAUUUCUAACGACCUGUAGGAUUCAGAGGAACCCUUCCCGCUUGUUCCCACACGCAUCCCCCAAGCCUCUAAGGGACAGACAGGCUGGGCAGCCGCCUCGGAAGACCUCAGGGAGGCUGGCGCCUCCGGGGCAGGCCCUCGGCCUGGGGUUUGUGCCUGCGUCCAGGGCCCUGCUGCCGGAUGGCCCUGCAGCCUGAAGAGGGCACCUCUGGUGCCCCCGCUGGUUGUACCUCUGGUGGGAGGUACAACCUGCAUCUCACCUGCACGCAGCCAGCAGGACACAGGGGAGGCCAGUGGGGGCCGGGGCCCUGGGAGGCCCGGGAGAAGGGGCCACAUCCCACGGCGGUGUCCUGUGUCCGGGCAGCGUUACAGGGAGUGUGGGGUGAUGGCCCAGGCAGCGGGGGCUUGUGAUGCAACCUCUCCAGCUGCUGUGAGAAGUGGGGAGAGCGCAAGGCUGCUCCCGGGGAGAAGGUCUGACUCCCCCUUUGCCCCCAGAGAAGAGGACUCCUGGGAGGGGCAGUCGGACACUGCGGGGCAGGUGAGGGUGCCUGGUACUGGGUGGGCCUUCCCUGCUGGUUGGAGGCUGUAGCCUUGAUGGUUCCGGCCUUGGUACAAUGCCCACUCGGUCUCCUUGGCAGACCCCAUGCCUGUGGGUCUCCCAGGCCGGCAGAGGAAUCAGCCCAGCGCAGAGUCAGACCGCAUGUCCUGCCUAGGUGUUAAGCCCAUCAGAGAAACCAGGGGGCCUGGAGGGUUUUCUGUGACCUGUUCCCACAACCAGAGGCACAUUUGGCAUCUUUCUAGCUCAAAAACAAAACAAAACAAAGCAACACCGUAAAACUGUCCCCACUGUGCCUGGCCCAGAGCCACGUCAUCCGGCCCCAGGUGCAUGCCCAGCCUUGCUGUCCAUGGCAUUUCUGGCGCCUUCCAGCCCCCUGCCCACCCAGCCUGGCACAGCUCACAGACGCCUGCCCCCCACCUGGCUGGGAGGGCCCCAGCUCAGCCUGGAGACCAUGGCUCUGAGACCCUGCUCUGUCCCACACCGUCCUGUGUGGUGGCACUGACGUGACAGGGAUGUCCUCCCAGUUCGGGCCUGGAGACUAGACUGUCCCCAGCAUCUCUCCCCUGGGGAUGUGACGUGUUGGCUCCUACCUGAGCCACAGGUCGGGGUUUUCCGUGGGAAGGUGGCUUGGCCCGUGGUGGCAGGCGUGUCUGCAUCCACCAGCCGCGUGUGCCGCUGGGAGCUGACAGCACCUUUCCGAACCUGCGCUCCGGCGAAGCGCGGGGCGGCCCCCGAGGCGCCCUGCCACCCGCGGGCCCCGGGCCGUCUCCUCCUGGAGAUGCCGUUGGUCCAUCAGGGCCCGGACGGUGCCCGGUAAAACGCAGGCUCAGCUGCUGUCCUUGGAGGUCCCAGGCGAGGGUCACUUCCUGAGCUGGACGCAAGCAUUUUCCAGAAACAGGCCUGGGCUGCCCUCCACAGAUGCUCCAGGAGGUGGUGGCUGGGACGAGGACUCGUCCUGGCCUUUACGACAGUCCUGUGGCAGGGAAAAGAGGCUGGGGCGGCACGUUGUUCCGAGACGGUCAGGCUCCCGAGAGCCCGGCCCCGACCCCCUCAGGUCAGCCAGCCUGAGGACUGCCCCCCGCGCACAGGUGCCUGAGGCCAGCCAGCCCGCAGAGCACCCGAUGUGUGGGCCGAGGGAAGGGGCCCCCUCAAGGGUUCCUGGGAACCACCCCAAGUUCAGGAGCCUCCACGACCAUGGAGGCCCCGGGAGGGUUUUGUUUUGGCCUGGAGCCAUCUCGGCCGUGCUGCAGAGCCGGGUAUGGGCCGCCUGGUGUCCCCUCCUUGGCCUGCUGCCCUUGUAGGGCCUGGCUGGGGUCUGCACACCCAGGGCUGCUGGGCAGGAAACCCGUGCAGAGUCAGGAAGCCUGGUCUCCCCGCCUGAAACUCCCCACAGGUCACGUCAGCUGGGACAAGUCGUUCAACAAGCUGGGACUCAGUUUCCACGUCCGUUAAGUGAGGCUGGUCGGAAGCCCCCGAGGGUCCUGCCCUUGUGGGGUGCAGUGAACAAAGUCCGGCUGGGCUGAGGCUGCUGCUUCCCCUCAGUGGGGAAAGGGAGAGGGUCCAGAAAGCCCCCCUCUCGGGGUGGUGGUGUCUGAAGGCUGGGUGCUGCUCCUGCCGCAGCCUCGUUUUGUGUGAGGCACGGCCGUCCUCAGCUGCCGAGGGCUCUCUGUCCCGGGCGGGGGUGGGUAGCUCUGGGGAGAGGCCCCAGGGGGUGGAAUGUGGGCUCCAGUGGCCCGUCCCGCUUCCAGGGGCUGCUGGGAUGCUCGGAAGUGGCAAGGCCCCCACUCUGAAGAGUCACUCAUAAGACGGCAGUGUUCCUUUCACCGCCACACACACGUGCUCGCACACACAGGCACACACCCCCUGUCCUUCGGCCCCCGGGGGUCGGGUGUGAGGAGGCGUGAGCGAGGCAGCCACGCUGCUGCUCCUAACAGCCGCCGUGGCUUCUUCCCGGGCCUGUCUGCCCUGUGGCUGCCUGUCCCCUGAGGUCCCCUGUGGCUUGCACCUGCGUGGUUGUGUGGCACACCCGCCCCUGCUCCGUGACCUCCAUCCUGAUGUAGCAGCCCCGCUCCCUGACGUCCUGAACCGAGUGUUAGGCUGUAGGCCCUGUGCUGUGUGUGUCCAGCUGAAAAUAAACGCGAUCCUUA